AUGUACGUCAUUGGCGUAGUGUGGUUCGAUACCCAGUGUGAUUACAACUUAGUCACUUCCCGAUUCCUCAGGGAGAGUUGUGUAGAGUGGCAACCCUACAAGAACUACAGCCAUUCCUCUAUUAUCAAUGGCCUUGUGGUAAACUUCCUGGGUGAAGUCCAAGGAAGAUGGCAUGUUGUAAAAUCUGGCAAUCGCGACAACUUGCCACCCCGCUAUGAAAUCACCACCUUCAAGGUCAUUGAUUAUCCACAUACCGAGGUGAUUAUCGGACGCAAUACCAUAGAAGAUUUGGCCAUGCAUACCAUAUUCGAAGAACUUCGGCCACCUCGCUUCAAUGCUAGUACUAUCAGUAGGCUAUUGUUAAGGUUAAGAAAUCGAACUAAGUAA